AGAGAGAGAGAGAGUGAGAGAGGACAGUCGCUCUCGUUUGUUCUACAGAGUUCAUACUCGUUUCUCUGCUUUACCCAUUGUUUUCUUCUCCAAAUUCUCUAAUUUCUCUUCCGAAUUUCAUUACCAGGCCUGUAAAAUUCCACCUGCAAUGCCCGAUCUAGUGUUUCAUCUUGAUUAAUUGGGCUUUUGCCGGGGUUUUCUGGGGUUAGUUUGGGAUUGGUGAAGUGAGAAAUGCUGGUGGCUGCCGCCGGUGGGAUGAGCCGAAUAGGAUACGGCGGAAGCUGCGGCGAGAGCAGCGAAGAGGAGCUUUCGGUGCUCCCCAGGCAUACGAAGGUGGUGGUUACUGGGAAUAACAGGACUAAGUCGGUGCUUGUCGGGCUACAGGGGGUAGUCAAGAAGGCGGUGGGGCUUGGCGGCUGGCAUUGGCUGGUUCUAACAAAUGGCAUUGAAGUGAAGCUUCAGAGGAAUGCUCUCAGUGUAAUUGAAGCUCCAACUGGUCGUGAGGAUGAUGAUGAACUUGAAUGUGAAAAUGUGCAGUGGAAUAGCUCUGAUCUGGCAUCUGAUGAAAUGCAGUCACAAAAGCCACACAAAUCAAGAAAUCGGUCUCACAAAGCUUCCGCUCAUAAAUCGUUCAGCCGUUCCCAUUCUUGUGACUCGCAGUCUAAAGGUUCCAUUUCAUCGUCUCGGGCAAUGACGUCGAAAGUCGACUUAAGCAAGCUAGAAACUACGGCAUUAUGGAGAUAUUGGCAUCAUUUCAAUCUUAUGGAACAAGUGGGUGUCAUCCCUAACCCCUCCAAAGAACAGUUAAUAGAUGUGGUUCAAAGGCAUUUCAUGUCACAGCAAUUGGAUGAGCUGCAGGUAAUCUCCGGGUUUGUCCAGGCGGCGAAAAGACUCAAAUCCGUCUGCAACUGAUGCUUAGAUCAGAAGAUAUGUUGUCUUCAAAAAUUUGUGAUUCGAGCUCCCACUAACUGAUUGAUAUUUGUGAUAUUUUUCGCUGCCUGUAGCUAUAUUUCAUGUAACAUAUGUAUCCCUCUGGUUUGGGUUGCUGGAACUCUGCAUGGGUGACUGGGUUCUUCUUCUUCUUCUUCUAUUGCUAGAGGUUGCAGAUCUUGUAAUGUAGAUACUGCGCCAUCUCUGAAGACGUGGUAGUUGCCAUUUAGGGCCCUUAAUGUUCCCAAUCUGCUGAAACUUUUAACUGACCAUUGUCUUUGUUCUUUCUGUGAAGCUGUUUUCUGCUA